AUGACACUAUCCAAUAAUCAUAACAAUAGCAACUCUUCCGAACCAUCAUCACAACACCUCUUUGACUAUGCACUCUUAUUUCAUCAACAACAAGAACAACUCAUCGUAUCGGUAAGCGCCACUUCUGCCGUUAAAAAUAAUGGCGCCACAUCAAAUCAUCAUCAUGAACAACAUUCCGAAUAUUCGUCAUCAUCAUCCUCUUCUGCACAGCAACAACAAGGCUUUGAUCAUCAUUUGUAUGAUGAGGAUGAAGAUGUGAUGAGUGAUGUGAAGGAGGAUGAGCAACAAUUGUGGAUGAAUAAUAUGAUGAUGAAAAAGAAGGGAGAUUAUUUGAGAAUUGGAGAGGAAAUUUCCUUCUAUACGGAUUUGUCAUCAAAAAGUACUGGUAAUUCAAUGAUUGGGUUCUUGAGUGUGGAUGGUAUUAAUUUGACUUGUUCCGAGAAUGUUAAAGGAAACAAACCACAAGCUAGAUGUGGUCUGGUGGAAUCUGUCAUUUCAGAAAAGGAUUCUUCCUUCUUUACACCAAACUUUUCUAAUUGUGUUUUCAAGAUUUGUCAUCCAAAGAGUUAUUCAGCACUGAAAAAGUUCAAAACCUUCAAAGAAGAACAAGAGUUGAAAGAGGCCAACAAAAAAACAAAGGAUAACAAGAAUAAUGUAAUGCCUUCGACAGCCUCCUUCUCAACAGAAUAUCAACAAUUGGAACAACGAGCUGAAAGAGAACUUGAACAAAAUAGGAUGGAAUCACAAAGAAACCUUUCAAAACCAGUUGUCUAUGGACAAACAGUACAAUUGUAUCAUGUACAAACACAGUGCUAUCUGACAGUAGCAAGAGAAUCUGCAGAAAUGCAAAAGGAUUGUAUGAGAUUGGCCCUCGAUAAAGAAGGAUCUACCUAUUCAUACUUUCAAAUAAUGCCAUAUUCCAGUUUUCAAAAGGAUGGAGAUCAAGUUAAACUCACUGAUCAAAUUAGACUUUACAACAAAAAGUCCAACCAAUUUAUUCACUUAUCCUAUUAUAGAUACACAACUGGAGAAGACAAUGAUGGUACCUAUCAAAGAGUGAAUGAAAAUUCUUCAUACACAGAAUUAGCUCAACAAGCUGUAAAAUUAUCACGAAAUAGAGGAAAAUAUUCCUACGAUAGUAGAAGAGAAGUUAACAUGGCGAAUAGUACUGCAUUCACUAGGUGGAGAAUGAAACUCUACCAAAAAUACACACCACAAAAUGAUGAAACAAAUAGAAAACUCAAAGCAGGAUCCACCAUUAUGAGAAUAUACCACAAGGAAUUGGAAGGAUAUAUUGGAGUGAAUGAAAAAACGGAUAGAAUUAAAUUUUUCAAGAAAUCAAGCAAUCUACAAAUCAACGACUCUGAGGAUACAAGCUUGGCUGGUAUGGAAUCUAAAUCUUCUGACUAUGUGAGUCCUCAAACUUUGUGGCAAUUGGAAUUUUUAGACUCUAGCUGUUCUGGUACUGUAAAGUGGACUUCGAAAUUCCGUCUAAGACACUUGGCAAGUGGAAAAUACAUGGUGAUUCGUCCUAUUAAAGGAAUAACCAUUGAAGCGGAUGAUGCCAUUGAAGAAAGAUAUGAACGAGAAAACACACCAACAUCUGGUGAUAACUUGAGCCAACUUGGAGUUAAUGCACCUAGAAAAAGUUCAAUUGUAGCCACUCCACGAGGAAAUAGAUCAGGCAGCGUAACACAAAAUGAUUCAUUGUGGACUCUUCAUGUUGAAAACUUUGAUGACUUGAUUACACAACCAAUACCAACCAGUGUCUUCCAUUUCACCGACUCGACUGGAGGACAAAAGAAGGGUGAGAAAGUUCAAACCACCGAUUACUUUAGAUUGAGGCAUGAAGCCACUAAUUCUUGGGUACACAUAUCUAGACCACUUGCUGACUCAACCUAUCAGAGAGUAACUUCAUCUUUGAAAAUGUUUGAACAGGAUGUUUUCAAUUUUUCAGCUGUUUCACAUGAGGAUUUGAAUGAUGCACUCACCGUAGCUGGUUACAUGCCAAUUAUUAGGUAUUUCAAAUCCAAGUUGGACGACUCGCUCAUUGACAAGUCAGAUAUCAAACUCUACAUUGGUGCAUUGGCAAAUUGCAUUAGAUUUUGUACUAUUAGUGAAGAGACAGACCCUCUAACAAGAGGUGGUAUUCCUGUUAAACUUAGACAAAAUAUCAUCAGAGAUAUGGGAGUCAUUGGUCUUGUAAUGGAAAAUAUCACUCUAUUAUUGAAGAAAUAUUUAUCAAUUGAGGAUUUAUCUUUAAUUUAUGAAAAGCCAGAGAAGGCACUUUAUUUUGAUGUGGUUCAGUACUCCUUCAGACUCAUUAGACAGUUUGUCCUUUCAAACGAAUCUAACGGUCUCUACAUGGCACAAUAUAUCAACUUUAUCCAAACUCUGAUUGAACAUAGCAUUGCUGCAAGUGAAGCUCUGUUGGAAAUCUUAUCCAACAAUUAUCCACUUUUGAACAAGAUUACCGAGUCACAAAUUGACUUUUUCGUCAAGCUUCUCUUUGAAAACACAUCAAAGAUUGGUAUGCGACAAAGUUCCAAGAGCUUGAAGAAGGCUGUCUAUUUAUCCUUUUUGACUAGCUUGAUCAUUUGUGAAGGUAAAACUGUGGUGAAAAAUCAGGUAUAUAUUGGUAAUUUGCUUUUUUCAAAAUAUAAGGACCAAUUGAGAAGAGUUUUUAUCAUUCCAAAGCUUAACAAUGAAGACAAGGUUGUGGUAGAAGUCAAUCAUGAUGAAAUAGACUUGAUUAGUUUCUCUCAGUCUGCAACAGAUGAUACAUACAAUGGAUACACAAGACCAAAUUAUGAACAACUCAUCUUCUUCCAAGAGGAAAUUCGUCUUUUUGCUGCCCUCUGUACAGGAAGAAAUGAAGAAAUUGAGGAUGCGAGAAGAUCUGUUGUUUCUCUGUUCACCUACGAAGUUGUCCACAAAUGUGUCUCUGAUAAGAAUUUAACACCAGCCGUCAGAACAUCAUUUGUAAAGCUUUUGAUCCAAACUUUCAUUGAUACGGAGAAGAGAGAAAAGAAACCACUGAUUGACUACACCAGAAAAACCAGUACUCUCAAUCAAAGAUCAAAAGAAGACGGCAACUCAAAGGAUUUGGCAGAAAUCAAAGAUUUUUUAGGGAAAUUCCUUAGAGAGAAUGUUAGCUUGGAUGUGUCUUUAGAAAAGAAGGAUCACAACAACUUUACAUUAUACGUUGUAAUUAUGUGUAAGAGAAUGUUGGAAUUUGGAGUUCUUACAUUGAUAGACUUUGAGGAGGGUGAUUUGUUGAAUUCUCUCUUUGAUAUGCUCAGAGGAGAUAAUGACAAGAAGGAUGGUAGAAUUCUUAGUGAGGAAGAAAGACACAAAAACGUAGAAGAAAAUUUAACCCUCAUGAAGAUCAAAAUUGAAAUUGCUUCCAUCUUCCACAUGAUUCUAGACAUUAUUUUAGACAAGAGAGUGACAAAAUUCUUGCAAUUCUUUUGGAAGAAAUACAGAGAGGAAGAGAUUGAGACUGUACUUAGAGAACAAGAGGUGAUACCAAUGGACAAUAGAGCUUUACAACAGAAAAGACUUGCCGAAAUUGACUCUAAUGAAUAUGCUGUAAUCAAAGAUAUUCUCGAAAAGGAUGUUAUUUUCAACAAGAUGGAUCGAUUCGAUGUUAAAAUUCUUUCGCUGACCAAAUAUGAAAAUAAGGAACUCGCUACAACCUGCCUUGAUUUACUAAUUAGAAAGUACAGAUCUGCUCAAGAAUUAUGUGAAGUUCUUCCAAAGAUUGAACUUAUCGUUUCGAGAGAAAUGGCUAAAUCCUACGAUUUGCUACUUUCACAGGUAGUUGAGUUGCGAUCUGUUUUUGGUUAUGGUCAAAGCAAUUAUUUUGGUACUAGAAGACUCACAGAACAGGAAGAGAAAAAAGUCCUAAAAGCUCUCAAUGAAAUCCUAUCAGAUAUCAAGAAGAAUGGUCAAAGAUCACAAAGAAUAGUGAGAAAUCUCUUCAUUUAUGAUAUUAUUCUCACAUUCCUCAAGAAGGAUUAUAUUGUGAGCAAGGAAAUUGAAGAGAUUGGUAUUGAUAUUUUAAUUGCUUUUGUUAGAGGAAAUCAAGACAAUCAAAAGAUUAUGUUCAAACAAUUGGAAUUCUUUAUUCACACUAUUGGUGAGAAUAGAAGUCUAGAUAAGAAGAUUGUCAUUCUCCUUUGUGAAAUGGUAAGAGACAAUAGAGGUCUGUGCAGUACUAUUGAAGAAAAAUUAAUCGAACACUACAUUGACCAAAUUGCUGAGCAACCUUGCUCUUUCAUGUUGUUGUUCUUGCAUGUCAUUCUGGGAACAAAUAAUGGCAAUCCAAUCAAACGAAACCAAUCACUCAUUACCAAAUAUCUGCUCGAAAGAAAGAAGGACAUUAUGAUUCUUUUCAAAGACGAAGAAGGUCUCAGAGAACGUAAUCAAAGAAUUAUCAAAGGUGAACACAAAACUGAACCAGAUGGUAUUUUAAAUUAUCACAUUGCCCUUUUAUACUUGUUGGCCUCUCUUGCUGAUGGUAAAAACAGAGAGAGUGAGCUUAAAUUACAAACCCUCUACAGCUAUGAAGAACUUUUAGAACAAGUUAUUUGUUGUACUCUACCUGUAUUGAGAAAUCCAUUGGUUAAAGUUAUUGAUGAAAUUUACUUGAAUGUUGAAAAGGCAUCAGAUGACUCUACAGAAUCUGAGAGCAAGAUGGUAAAUGUUCAUCAUCCAAUGCUUUUCAAGUUAUUCUCUAAAAUGGUUACUGAAUUGGAAGUGUUAGAAAUGACCUAUUCAAAUGAAUCAGAUGGUAACGACUUGAUUUUAUCCACACAAAAAGGUGAAAGACAAAGUAUUAUGCAUGCCCAUACUCGAACCCCAACAACACCAAGCAAAACCCUCUCAAACACUUCACUGUUUGCUACUCCAACCAAAAACCGUGGAUUGUCAACAACUGCUUCCAAACGAUCUUCGAAAACAUACUCUGUAGCACUUCCAAAAGUCGUUGGACCUAGUGAGGAAGAUCAAGAAACCUAUCAAGUUGAUAAUACCUAUUUGUUUGAUAUUAUGAUUCCUUGUGUGAGAGAUUAUUUCCAUCUCCACUUCCCACCUCCAAAUCUGACAAAAGAACAGUUGGAUAUUGCAGAAGAUUUGUUGAUAAAACUCAUAGAACUUCACAAACAUACACCAAAUCCAGAGAAUAGGGAUAAAGUUCUCAAAUGUAUUCAGGCCAUGUUGAAGAGAAGUAUGUCUUCAACUAGUCAGAAAGCAAUUUCUAAUUUCAUUUCAAAUAAGGCCACUAAAGCCAAGGUACAUAGAUCAAGAAUACAAACAUCAACCAGUACCGAGAAGGACGAACUUAUCCACAACACAUACAAAAAGUACUUGAAAGACAGAAUAAUUUCCAAGAUUAAUAGAAACUUUUCCAACUUUUCAGAGCUUGCUGCCAUAUUUAUCAAAUAUGAUGGAUUUAUCAAAACACUCGUCAAUGUAUUACGUGACUUGAAUAGUUCUGGUUUACUUCUUCAGAACAUGAAGGUAGGACUCUUUGGUAUGGAUAUUUUGAAGAGUAUUGUUGAAAGGCAAAACCAACAAACCGAAGAAUCAACUCUUAAAUUAGAUUUGGUGGAAAAGAAAAUUCCUGAGGUAGUUAUUGAAUUCCUCAACUCUAACCACCAUCAAAUUGCAAAAUCAGCUUUGGAGCUUGGUAUUUUAAUAUUGAAUGACGGAGAUCUUGACGUUCAGAAUCAUAUUUAUUCGCUUCUUACAGAUCAAGACUCUACCGAAUUUUUCAUGUCUCUUAGAGACAGAAUCCGUCUCUCAAAGAUUGAAAUCAAACAAAUGAAGAAUCACUUGAAGAAAAAGAGAGACAAGGAGUUGGCACUAGCUAACCAGAAAAAGUCUACAACUAACCUCAAUGCUGACCAUGAUAACGAAGAAGAUGAAGUUGGUGUGGAAUUUGUAGAAAAGGGAUUCAUUUUUAACACUAUGGAAUUUUUGAGAUUAUUGUGUGAAGGCCAUAAUACCAAAAAUCAAGCCCUAUUGAAACAUCAACCAAGAAAUAUUUUCAGCUUUGAUUUAAUUACGGAAAUUAUUGAAUAUUUGAUUGCUUUGGAAAAGAAAUUGGAUGCAGACAAUGUUCAAGUAGCCAUCCAAGGUUUUAAGACCCUGACCGAAUUUGUCCAAGGACCUGCUGUCUUUAACCAAAAUUUAAUUGGUACAUCCAAUAAGAUUUAUCCAAGACUUAUCAAUGAAAUCAUGAGUAAGACCUACGAUGACAGCAAGUUGUUGAAGGAACAAGAGCUUGACCUCAAGAAGGAAAUUACACUCUUCUUAAUAUCUCUAUUGGAAGGAAGAAACACAGUCACAUUAGAAUUCAUGAAAAAUUCUUUGAAUUUGGAUGAUUUUGAACAAAAAUUAUUGUACAUUUUGAGAUUGUUCGAAACUCUAUCGGGUAAUAACCAUGAUGAUUGUGAUGAUCUUGAAAGACUCAAAAAGAGAAUGCGUAAAGACUUUGGAUUCCAUGUUUUGUAUCAAUCUGAGAAGAGUUCAAAGAAGCCAAUCCGUGUCGACGACUAUAUGGAGGACAAUCUCGAGAAGAUUAGAUUGCAAUACGAUGACUUGGGAACUCACAUCUUUUUCCUUCUCUCCAUGAUCAGGGACAGUGAGACUGAAUUCAGAAAGGGUACUCAAGCUUUGGAAGAGGAAUCAAGAGUAGCCAACUUUUUCCAAACCAAUUCAAAGGAGCUCUCUUAUUUCAAACAAAGAACUGGUAGCAUUGAAGUAUUGAGAAAUAACGUACUUGAAAAGAUCUACUUUCCCAAACCAACAAUAUGUAACAAUAUUAUCGAUAAGGCAAGAAGCAACUAUGCCAAUUCGUUGCACGUAAUGACUCCACAAGAAAAAGUUAGGAAAUUGUACAAUGACACAUUCAGUACAUUCUAUGUGGAAAUGUGUCACUAUGAAAAUAUGAAAAAGACUUUUACUAUUCCGAAUCUCAACAAGAAAGAAGAAGAGGAACCAGAGGAGGAAAUGGAAAAUCUUUUGCCUUCAAUGUCUCUCGUUGCCACAACCAGCAAUUUGCUAGCAAAACGAAAGAAAAAGAAGAAACAAGAGGUUAAAACAGCAUCAUGGGAAUAUAUUGCCAAUUGGUGGGAUUACUUGAGAUUGUCUUCAUUCUUCCUCUCUGUUAUUAUUAAUAUUAUUGUUUUGGGAACAUUUAAGAGAAUUUAUGCAACAACAGAGUAUUCUCAAAUACCUUUACCUGGCAGUGACUUUGAUGUAUAUGCUCUCACCAAAACUACAGCACCUAGAAAUCUUGCAAGUGAUAUAAUUCUUAUUAUUGUUGGUGUGACACAAUUGAUUUUCCUGGUAAUUCUAUUUGUCAUUUAUGUAUCACUCUUCUUGACGUUGGAAGUGAAGAAACGAUUCAAGCUAAAGAAAAACGAAACGUGGGACUCAAUUCCAAGAGAUUUUGAUUUUAUGACCAAAUGCUUUUUAUAUACCAUACAAGAUUCUCAAAUUUGGUAUUUUAUUAUUUACAUUGUAGUCUCUGUGAUUGGAUUGUUGAUAACUCCAAUUAUUUACUCGAUACAGCUUUUUGAAAUGGUUUACAUCUUCAAGUCAUUGACCGAUGUGUUGAAAUCAGUUACUUCGAAUGUGAAACGUUUGUUCUUUACAGGAAUGUUGUUGUGUAUUGCCUUAUUCUUCUUUGGUACACUCUAUUUUACCUUCUUUUCUUCAGAUUUUAAAAUCUCCAAGACAGGCGACAAGACAUGUGAAGAUAUGUUAGCUUGCUAUGUGACCAUGUUGGAUUAUGGCUUUAGAGGAGAAUCUUUUUGGGAGGAUAUUUAUGAUCCAAAUGUUUCAGUUCAGAGAGCCAUACUUGACCUUUCCUUUUUAGUGAUAGUUAUUGUGUUACUUGUUAACGUUGUGUUUGGUGUCAUUCUCGAUUCGUUUGAAGUACUGAGAAAUGAAAGAGAAGACAGAAAGAAGGACAUUCGAGAUAAGUGUUUUAUUUGUGGAUUGGAACGAACUAAAUUCGAUACAAGAGCCAAUGAAGGUAUCACCUUUGAAAAGCAUGUCAAGGAGGAACACUACUUGUGGAAUUAUGUCUACUUUUUAAUUUACCUCUACCAAAAAUCAGUGACUGAAUUCACAGGUACAGAACAAUACAUUUACGAUCGAUGUGAAGACAAUGAUGAUGUUACUUCCUUCUUCCCUAUUUUCAGAUCCCUCUCUCUAGAACAAUCAGAGCAAUCAUCUAAGGUUGAAUAA